AUGUUCAUAUAUGAUACAAAAGAAAACAGUGAUGACACCCACUUCCACAGGUCUGGUCUUCACAUCAUUCUCUUCGGAUUUAAAAUUGACUCUCUAUCAGAAAACGUGUAUGUGCAAGAAGCCGACGGUGGACCCUAUAAAGGAAAAAAACAACCCAGCAAACGUGGAAAGCACGAAGUUCUGGUCUACAACCUCCCGAAUACGCAGAAGUCCUACGCGUUUGCCUUCGUUCGUAAGAAUGCUGGAUACGACUCCUACAAAUGUAUUCAGUGCCAGAAGAGUGGCCAAUGGAGAAGCAUUAAGGUCAGAGGAGAAGAGUUCUUAUCAAAUCCUAGCCACAUUCAACACGCAUGUGAUACGAAGAACAGAGCCGAAGAAAUCGCCACAAGGAUAGCAUACGGAAAGGUACAAGAAUUGAAGAAUGACGCUGAGAGUGCGGGGAAGAAACCCCUGAGGGAAUGGAUGAAAAUUAUUAACUCCAAAGACUGUCUUGAAGAAGAAGACCAACCGCUCUGGUGUGAAGUACAAUCAGAGUUACACGGUCACGGCUACAAUCGACGCCGAAAGGCUUUUUCCGUAGCUAUCAAUCCCCAUAGGGAUAAAACGGUCACGAUGAGUAACGUACCCGACCACGUCACCGCACUUCCAGAUGGCACGAGCUUUCUACAUGAGAAAGGAGGAGAAUUCCACGUAUACUACUCCGAGGACACGAUCAAAAAAGCUUGUCAAAUUGGCCUACAUGCCCUUGUCGCGGACGGAAUGUUUAGCCUUCAUCCAAAAGAGUUGGGGCGACAAGCGCAAUUGUAUUGCGUACAUGCAGUGUGUACUGGAGGGGUGGAAGUACCGAUAUUAUUUGCCAUUACUCAAAAAAGAACAGUGAAGGAAUACAGGAUUAUCUUCAACCACAUUAAGGAGCAGUUUUGCAAGUACGAGGGAGGUGACAUUUUGCCAAAAAAAUUCAUACUUGACUUUGAAAGAGCUGCCAUUAAAGCAGCUACUACGACAUUCCCACACGCGAAGGUAGAGGGCUGUGCCUUCCACCUGGCACAGGCCUGGAAUAGAAGGAGGGACAAACUUGGACUUCGGGCUUAUAUCGACGGAGAGAAAAAGGACGAACGAGUAAAAAAAUGGUGGCACAUUAUCAAGGGCUCAGUCUUUGUUUCUUGCCGACUUCGUCGGGAAGUUCGAGCACUUCACACCCCUCCAGUGGAAGAGCAGCAUGAAGCAUACAACAAAUGCCUUGAUUUCCUCAGUUAUCUCCGGCAAACAUGGCUCACUGGGGCUUAUAAAGACUUGUGGUCAAAAUGGGGGGUUGAUGAACUCCGCACUACCAAUUUAGCUGAAGCAUUUAACAGCAAACUUGGUGUUCUGUUUGACAGCGAUCAUCCUCCUCUCAAAGAACUCAUUGAAGGACUCAAAAGUAUCAACACGGUUGCAAACUGUUCCCUUCGUUAUCAUGAAAAGCAUCCCGGAGAAGGGAAGCGUUUACGCGCAAGGAACAGAGAAAGAAGAGAAAUUAUCUGCGAAUUGAUGAUGGACUUCGAACAGCGGUUCCGCAAUGGUGUGUCAACCAGAGAAAUUGAGGACUAUUGCCAAAAGAUGUCAAGAUUCGUGACGGAAAAAUCCACAUAA